CAUCUGGAAGACUUUACCUCUUCUUCCUCUGUUCCUUUUUUUUAUUACUGUAAUUUUUUUGGAUACGUUCUCAGUGUCUAUAGGAUGUCCCGGUCUGCCCCACUGGAACAGGUGAACGGAGGUUGACUCGAACUCCGGCUUUUUUGUUACUCGUCCUCGUCCGAAUCACGUGCUCGGUAGGCGUUACCAUAGUAACGCUGACUAGUGAGUCAGUCGGUGCCUAUCGGCUCGGUUGAUACCAUGCUAAUGAAGAUGCCGCCGUUGAUGUCCGGGCUCCGUCGUCGUUCCUUCCGAAUUAAAAAGAGGAAAAAGUCAAAGAAUAAACGAGCCGCUCUCUCAGAUUCCUUUGUCAACAGCCAAGAAUGGACUUUAAGUCGGUCAGUUCCAGAUCUUCGAUUGGGUAUUGUAGGUAGUCUUUCUAGUGGAAAGUCAGCAUUGGUUCAUAGAUAUCUGACUGGAUCUUACAUGCAAGAUGAAUCUCCAGAAGGUGGAAGAUUUAAAAAAGAAGUGGUUAUUGAAGGUCAAAGUUAUUUACUAUUAAUUAGAGAUGAAGGUGGCACACCAGAAUUACAGUUUAGUUGCUGGGUAGAUGCUGUCAUUUUUGUAUUUAGCUUAGAAAAUGAACCAUCAUUCAAUGCCAUUUGUAAUUAUUAUACUAAGAUGUCACAUUAUCGAAAUGCUGCUGAAGUUCCACUAGUAUUAGUUGGUACACAAGAUGCAAUAAGUGAAAGUAAUCCUCGUGUUAUUGAUGAUAGCAGAGCAAGAAAAUUAGCUAGUGAUCUUAAAAGGUGUUCCUAUUAUGAAACAUGUGCUACGUAUGGAUUAAAUGUAGAAAGAGUUUUUCAAGAUGCAUGCCAUAAAAUUGUUCAACAAAAAAUUCAAGGAUUAACACCAAAUAGUUCCAGACCAGGCACUCCAAUUAAUCAUCCAGUUCGCUGCAAUUAUUACAUACCUGGUUCAGUUCCAUUAUCAAAUAAUCAUAUUAUCGCUCAAAGUAAUGGUUAUACUAAUCAUCCAGCUGCUACACCAACAAUUCCUAAUUCUUCGCAAAUGGUUGGAUCAGUUUCUUAUAGCCAUGCUUAUCAUGGACAAAAUUUUAUGAAGGAUGCUCAUCAGUGGGAAAGAGAAAUGAAAUCUGAUGUAAAUGGUACAAAUAUGCUAAAAGAAAGUAAAUCAGAUAAAAUAGAACGUUCAUUUAUAGUUGACUCUCAACAAAUUUCUAAUACUGUAAAUAAAGAGAGUAAAGAUAUUCCAACUCCAUGUUCUACUCCAACAACUUCCAGGAAAUCCAGGAGGAGAUCAAAUCUUUUUACACCAUUGAAGAAAGAUGAUGAUAAAAAAUUGAAAAAUGGUGAAGUAGGGAGUGGAAGGUAUAUACCUUUGAGACAGGGUUAUUUAUAUAAAAGAAGUUGUAAGACACUAAACAAAGAAUGGAAGAAAAAGUAUGUUACUUUAACAAAUGAUGCAAGAUUAACUUACCAUCCAAGUCUUCAUGACUAUAUGGAUGAUAUUCAUGGAAAGGAAAUUCCAUUAAUGCACACAACUGUAAAAAUCCCUGGACAAAAACCAAGAGGGUCCAGAACUCAGGGAACAAUUUCUGUUCAACAUAUAAAUGAAUUGGCUUCUGAUAUUAGCAGUCUUUCCUUAGCAAGUAGUGUAUUAAAUGGAAAUGAUACUCAUUUAAUACCUGCUGUUCCGAGUACUAAUCCUCUCCUAAGCAAACUGGACACGCCAAAUAUCAAAAAACGUCAUCGCCGCAUGAAAAGUACUGGUGCCAAAAAUCUUGAAAUGAUGGAUGAUUCUGAUGGCUAUGAAUUCAUCAUUGUUUCACUUGACAAUAAGCAGUGGCAUUUUGAAGCUACUAGUACUGAUGAUAGAGAAGCUUGGGUGAGUGCCAUUGAACAACAGAUUCUCAACAGUUUGCAGGGUAAUGAAAGUAGUAAGUCAAAGACACGUCUUAAUAAUCUGGUUGAUACUGCAUCAAUUCAAGCUAUUCGGACAAGCAUACCAGGAAAUACUAAUUGUGCUGACUGUGAUGCACCCAAUCCAGAUUGGGCCAGUUUGAACAUUGGAGCAUUAUUAUGCAUUGAAUGUUCAGGAACUCAUCGUAAUUUAGGAUCUCAUAUAUCUAGGAUUAGAUCAUUAGAUUUAGAUGAAUGGCCACCUGAACAUAUCAGUGUCAUGAUGUCAUUAGGUAAUACUAUAGCUAACAGUAUAUGGGAAGGGAAUAUUCGUGGAAGAGCCAAGCCUACUCCUAAUUCUAGCCGAGAAGAAAAAGAAAGGUGGAUAAGAUCUAAAUAUGAAUUAAAAGAAUUCUUAGCAUCAACAAAUUCUUCUAUGACAAUUGGACAGCAAUUGAUUGAUUCAGUCUGCAAGUCAGAUAUUAAAAGUGUAGCCUUAGUCCUUGCUCACGUAACAAGUCCUGACCAAGUCAAUGUUCCUGUUAGUCCCAGAGAUAUGCGCUUACCUCUUCAUUUAGCAGCUGCUCUUGGAAAUUUGGCAAUUUGUCAACUAUUAAUUUGGUAUAAUGCUAACGUGAAAGCUAUAGAUUCUGACGGUAGGAGUCCAAUGGUCUAUGCAAAGAAUGCAGGCUCACAAGAGAUUCAAGAUCUGCUGAGAAACAAUGGAUGUCCAGAUACUGUCGUUCACACUUCAAACACCAUGCCAAAAAGAAGAGGUAGUCUCUCCCAAAAAUCUUCAGAAGUAUUUGACAAAUUGCCUGCUAGUAUUAUAUAAAGUCAGUAAUUGUGGCCAAACAAUAACAUUCUGGAGAAAGGGAAAGCUUGAGAAGUACAUUAACCAUACCAGCACAUAUCUAAUGCCAAAAAUGUAUAGAGAUGAGUUUUUAUUUUCUCAACACAAGAUAGUAUUAAUGCUUUUAAAAAGGCAGCUUAUAUAAAUAUUUUUUGCAAGUAGGAGAUAUUAAUGUGCAAUUUUGACUGAAUUUUAUUACAGAAAAAUUUCUAUAUCAUUUAGAAUUGCUGCCAACCUUUGUAUACUGUGAUCAGAAAUAUUUAUAGUGAUGAAAAUCUUCCCACCCUAAACAUAAAUUUUAUCUCUGAAUUAAUCAAAUAUUUUAGGAUUUUUUAUAUAUAUUUUUUCCUCUCCUUUACAAAAGUCGGACAUUAUUUAAAUUUUCGAUAGACAAUCUAUAUAAUGUUCAAAUUGAACCGAUAUUUAAAAAAAAAAACUUCUCAAAGCGUAACAGGGUAAGCCUUGCUGGUCCUUUUAUUCGAGAUAUAAAGAUAUUUUAGCAAAUAAUUGCUUCUUAACAUAUUGCCUUUAGUCCAGAUCGCUCAUCAAUUGAUUAUAUUUGGAAAAAAUCUUAGAUUUUACACUGCCAGUUAUCUUCUAAUAUGAGCGUUAUUUAUAAAAAGCCAUGUAUUAAAACAUAAUUUUUCUCUUUACAAAAUUAUAAAAUGUACUAAACUUACUAAGAGUUUGAAAAUUUAUUCCAAAAAUAAGAAAAUGAUAAUUUCUUAAGAUUUUGCAAAUUUGUCUCCAAAUACCUGCACUUGUACAGAAUUUGUAUUAUUUGUACAGAAAAUAAAUAUUUAUAAUAAUCAAUGAAAAAUAGAAAGCUAGUUGUCUAACAUGACGUAUAAGAAAAGUCAAUGAUCUGUUAAAUUAAAUACACAUUGAGCUGAUCAAAAAGAAAUAUUAUAUAUGAUAAAAUUCUACAAUUUGUAUAAUUUACUUUUGCCAGAAAGAGUUUUUUUUUGAGGAAAGAAAAACUCUGCAGUUUUUUGUAAAUAUGUAAUUAUAAUAUAUAGAAUAAUAUAUUAUUUUCAUUCUUUCUAUUACAUUUCUUCAUCUAGUCUUCCCCAGUUUAUGUAAAGGGGACCACAAUCUUACGAACUUGCAGCAUACAUCAUGUUAUAAUCAAUUCAUGUUCUCACUGUGUGCUUUUGUACAAAUUAGUUUAAUCUGUAUGAUGUGUGUUUGGUUUUGUAAUUUGUAUAAUAAUUGCACCUUGUUAUUGUGUACAUGUCAUUUCAAUGUUACAAAUUAUAUAAUUUUUUUUCUUUUUUUUUCAAAUAAAUGUACUAAAUACUGGA